AUGGGGCUGCUGCUGCCAAAGGGGGGGUCGGUCGCGCACACGCCGCAGCGGUGGACGCCAGCCGCCGAGAGGCCGCCUUCGGUGGAGGAGGAGGAGCCGCCGGACGACUUCGUCUGCCCAAUCACGACCGAGGUGAUGAGCGACCCGGUGAUGGCGGCGGACGGGCAUGCUUACGAGCGGACGGCGAUCGAGCGCUGGCUCGCGACCAAGUCGACGAGCCCGCUGACGGGCGGCGAGCUCGAGCACAGCAUCCUGGUCCCCUCCCACAUGCUGCGCCGGAUGAUCCGGGACUGGGAGGGGGCGCGCAAGGCGGCGUGA